AUGCCUCUGUGGAAGAGCAAAGAGAAGGGGAGAAACUUAACUGCUGGAGAGAAAGCAAAAGCAACGCUGCAGACAUUACUAUCCGAACUGCCGAGCGAUAUCGACGAUGUACUCGCCAAUACAACUCCGCCAAACAACAUCAUCCAUGUGAUUGAAAGGAUGCAACAGCGAUCCAAGUCAAACGCCUUUCACGCCGAAGGAAAGAAAGCAAUUAUAAGAUACACUCUCGGAUGGUCUCAGGAUACAACAUCUGACUUGCUUGAACAAGGACUUGGCAUCAUUGGUACCAUAGAUGCUAUCGCGGAGCGCACCGGACUUUCAGCAGAUAAUACAAACAUAGCCAAGUAUGCCUAUUAUUGCCUCAUGGACCCUAAAGAGGUGGGACUAGUCUACAACCUUCCGCGUAUCCGGGGUGAUUUUGAAAAGUUCAUAGGAUUCGCCCAGGGUCGCAACUUUUGCAAUUCAAACGUCGCGAGAAUGAGGCGGUGGCAAGAGAUUCCGAAAGAUGAACUUCGCGAGAUCUUUGUAUCCGGCCGUUCUCCAACAGAAAAAGAUGCCCGCAGAGAGUACUGUAUACGGCAGCUCAUGAAAGAUCAGAAGCUCGACCACAGCGAUGCAGAGCGCUUAUUUGAACAGUCUAGCGAUGAACCACGGGACACGAAAGUGAGCAUGGGAGAAGAAUCAGAAAUUUCCAAGUACGCGGCAGAUUGUAGAGUUCGACAUUUCCAACAACCAAUGUAUUUGCCUACCAGAGACACAAGGGCGCCUCCUAAUGUCGAUCCUAGAACACGCGUGGUUGCAGUUCUCGGCGUCGAUGAGACGGGUUCGGGUGUUGCAAGAGAUAUCGCAAGUCCAUCCAUAGGGGAUGGAUGGAUGGUAUCGGACUUUAAUUUAUGGAUGCACGUGCUUGACUCAAUGGGCAAAAGCCAAGAAUGGAUCACCAGUAUGGAUCCGGAAUAUAUUGUCUCGAAAUACUGUCUGCGUGACAACACUACCAGGGAGCCCGAAGAUGAUAAUCUCCCAAUCCAGAAGAGUUGGGUUACUGGGUUUCUUCAUGGCGAUCCUUUUGAAGAAAGAGUUGUCGUGCUAGAUGAGAAUCUUCUCCCUGCUGUUCGACAAAAAGUCACAAUAUCUCCUCAUGGCUUGGAGUUACGGAACCUAUUCAUGAACCGCCUCGAACAUGCACUUGCAGAGGCUGAGAAAGAUGCUGGCCCUGUGCUGGUGAUGAUAUUUGCACAUGGAGAGAAUGAACAAGGUGGCUUUUUAAUCGGCGAAUCAUCAGAAGGUCAAUUAGAUGAGAGUCCGCCUGUUUCCAGACUUGACAUUUCUGAGCUUCUUCAAAAGUAUCCGAAGGCUCAUUUGACCAUGUUUAUGACUUCUUGUUAUUCCGGACAUUGGGUUGAGACACAGCCGCUCCAGUGUCAAAAUUUGACUGUGUUAGCUGCGGCACAACGUGAGGAAGAGUCUUUUGGUUUUGAAUGGUCACUUUCACAGCGGCAUUGUGGCGGUCUUUUCUCUUCUGCAACCUUGACGGAACUUUUGAAAGAGCCUUCGAUCCUGCCUUCCGACGUGGACAACGAUACCUCGCGACAGUACAAGCAGAUGGUAAAUGCCAUCAUUGCAGAGAUGUUCCGACUCUGCUUACCCCAAAAUAUCACAGACUAUGGUUCAAAGCCUGUCUUCACAGAUCCUAAUGAUCUAACCAAAUUCUGGAAAAGAACUGGUUAUACUCUACACGAGUAUCAAAAAAAUUAUUCAUCAUUAACAAAAAUCCCGCCUUCCGACCCUCACCCCAAAACCAACAGAAAGCAAUUCAAUGCUACGUUUAUUGAUGACAACCAUCCGGAUAUUUUGGCAUGGAAUGCCAGGCAUCCUGGCAUCCUUGAUCCCGAGUAUCCAACGGCAACAGGUGGAUAUGGCGGCACUAGCCGAGGUCUUACUUCGCGAACGAACAUCAAGUUUCUCAUUCAUGAAUUUAUGGGAACAAACCCAUGGCUUCACUUGCACGAUCAAAAGAUGCUCGAAAGGUUGAUUCGUGAGUUCAAAGGUGGAACAAAAGAUAGCAGGAUACUGUUAGGCUUGAGAACUUCUCUCAUUCAUCGCCUUCGUAUGAAUGACGAAGCUAACAACUAUGCUCGCGCGAUGGAUUUUUACAAGCUCCCCCCUAUUGAUAAAUGGGGCCCAAUUACCAACCAUCCCCGUGGAACCAUUAUGAGACAGUGGGGGUAUCUUGUCCUUCACUCUGGUGUAUUUGAUAGGACACCUAGUGGUUAUUGGUACAUGAAACCAUGUUUUUAUUUAGCAUGGGGAGCCCUUGAAGCAGGGCUUAAUGAGUAUGAGUUUAAAGAAGCUCUAUUCAAACUAGCCAAGUCAAGAAAGGAAGGCAUGGUAGCUCUAUUCUCUUCAAAGCUGGCAACGUCUGCUCGCCUUACAAAGUCUGUUAGCAACCUGAAGUCUCUUCUAAGACAAAGCUGGAGCCAGUCAAAGACUAAGAGAGGCAACCAGGGUCGGAAAGGCCUUUCUGAGAUUAACUGGACCGAGCCGAGUUCAAGUGGGCUGUAA